AUGGGCAAUUCGGACGACGAGAUCGCCGCUGCUCUACCCCACUGGCCCGUCCCACUUCGGUCUGCUCCCCUCCUUCGCACCUCCAUCGUCCAGCGCGACUUGCGGUCACCAAGGCUUACACCAUACUUCACUCCAAAAAAGAACUCGUAGAAUCGCCACCGAUAGUCCACCGCCAGCAUGACGACCCACCCCACCCCCUCGACGGCUCAAGCCUCCUCGUCAUCGUCCCCCGCCCCCAGGAACAGGUCGAUCUCCCGACCCCGGUCAAGGACUACACCUUCCCGAACCUGUCGACCGACUUCGCCCCUCUGCUCAACGACCUCCUGCUCCGAUCCGCCGCGAAUGAGAACCCGCUCGAGCUGGACCACCCCCCGAUUUGGGUGAUGCGUCAGGCCGGUCGCUACCUUCCCGAGUUCCUCGCCGUGCGCAAGGACCAUUCCUUCUUCACCGUCUGUCGUACGCCCCAACUCGCGUGCGAACUGACGAUGCAACCCAUCCGUCGCUACGACGGUCUCUUGGACGCCUCCAUCAUCUUCAGCGACAUCCUCGUCGUCCCGCAGGCGAUGGGCAUCGUCGUCGAGAUGAAGGGCGGCAUCGGUCCCCACUUCCCCGAACCCUUGCGCAACCCCGACGACGCACAGAGCCGUAUCCUCGAUCGCACAACCGAUGUCUUUGCCGAGCUCUCGUACGUCUUUGCGGCCAUCACCCUGACGCGCAAGACCCUCGCCGGCAAGGUCCCCCUCAUCGGCUUCUGCGCCGGCCCCUGGACCCUGUUCGGCUACAUGGUCGAAGGGGGAGGCUCCAAGACGUGGGAAAAGACAAAGGCGUGGUGCUACAGGGACCCGGAGAACGCAAAGGCCGUGCUGCACCAGAUCGCCACCGUCAGUGCCGAGUACUUGGUCGGUCAAGUCCGCGCCGGAGCUCAGGUGCGUCAAUUCUUCUUUUGGAGCGACGUGGGCCUCUUUCGCUUCAGAGCGAAACACCCUUGAUCAACUACAGCCAACGUGUCCUUUUGCUCUCAGCUCCUGCAAGUGUUCGACACCAACGCCGAUGUGCUCACCCCCGUCGGGUUCGAGACCUUCAUCCUCCCCUACCUCGCCCUCCUGCCCAAACUCGUCAAGGCGCAACUGAAGGAACUCGACAUCCCCUGCCCGCCCAUGACCGUAUUCGCCAAGGGAACCAACGCCGCACCUCAACUUUCAGCUUUGGCUUCGAUCGGGUACUCGACCGUCGGCUUGGAUUGGGGGAUCACCCCUCGAGCAGCGAGGGAAGCGACGGGAGGCAAAGUCGCCCUUCAAGGCAACAUGGACCCACCGAUCCUUCAUUCCGGAUUGGAAUCGAUCAAGAGGGAGGUACGACAACUCGUGUGGGGACCCGAUGGCUUCUUGACCUGUGCUAGGGAGGGGAUGAAGGGAGGCUGGAUCGUCAAUCUGGGUCAUGGGAUCACGCCCGGUGUCGACCCGGACCAUAUGAAGUAUUUCUUGCAGAGGGUUAGGGCAGAGUGCGCCAAGAAGAAUGCUGAUGAUGCAGAGUAG